AAAAUUGUGAAACUGGUUUUUGCAGAUUACUGUUAUAAAUUUUCGCUGUUAAUAACAGUGCAGCUGUUAAUAACAUUUUACGGCACUGCAAAAUGGCAUCGUCUUCUUCUUAACAAAUUGUUUUGUUUGGGGUUUGAGGCCAGACAGUCAGAGACCCAUUAAUUUUAAACAAAGGACCACGUUUCAGGACAUUCAUCCCGAGGUCAACAAGCAGCAGCAGCAGACGACGGUCAAGUGAAAGUUUCCCAGCUUAGUCGCAUUUCAAGAGCAGUCGCGACCAGUCAUGAAUAAGCGCAACAACAUUCGGCUGCCGCCGGAGGUGAAUCGGCUUCUAUACGUGCGCAAUUUACCAUAUAAAAUCACAUCGGACGAGAUGUACGAUAUAUUCGGCAAGUUCGGUGCCAUACGUCAAAUUCGCGUUGGCAACACACCCGAGACACGCGGCACCGCCUUUGUUGUCUACGAAGACAUCUUCGAUGCGAAGAACGCCUGCGAUCAUUUAUCCGGUUUCAAUGUGUGCAAUCGUUACCUUGUCGUCCUCUAUUAUCAGUCCAACAAGGCGUUCAAGCGCGUGGAUGUGGACAAGAAACAGGAUGAGCUCAACAACAUUAAAUCCAAGUACAAUCUAAAGACUCCGGAGGCACCCUAAGGCACCACAAAAAAUGUUCGCUUACGCUACAAACUUUCCUCAACAAAUUUUACUUUUGUAACUUUUUUGCUAUCUACUUGUAGAGUUUUUUCCAAAAGAUUUUUGUAUCAUCAAUUAAACAUCAUCACAUCAUCCACACUCAUCUCAACCACCAAAAAACAUCAUCAUGCAUCUUUGCUGAAGUUUUGAAUAUUUCACAAUCAUUACCAAACCGAAGUAUUCGAAAUGCAGCAGGAAAAAACCAACAUAAAACACACAUUCAUAAAAAUAACAAGCAAGUAAAAGUAAAAAAAAAAUGGUAAAAUAAAAUUAGAAAUGAA